UAUAUAAAUCUUUCAGCAAAUUCACAGAAGAAAGCAAUAGAAAAAGCAAAGGAAGAAGCAAUUACUGUUAUUGAAAAUAAGAAUAAUGAAAAUAUAGUUCCCGUUAAUUCAAAGUGUGAAAAAGCUAAACCUUCUGUAUCGAAUAAUAAAGCAAAACAAGUAAAAAACAAAUUAAAAUCUCAACGAAAUGGAACAAAAAUACACAAGCGUAAGGAAAAUAAAAGUAUUGUAAAAAAAACAAAAGAUAAAAAUAAUAAUGCACUCAAAAAUUCAGAAAAUCUUAAAACUAACUUGCAUGAAAUUAAAACACAGAUAGAGACGCAAAAUGAACAGGGAAUAAAUAAUACUGACAAUAAAAGUGUGCCGAUUAAUAAUAUGUUUUAUUGUGAUAAGUGUCCGUAUAGAGGGCUAACGCAUUACAAAACUUCUCACCUACAAAUGCAUGCUUUAAAAAAAUUCGAUAAUGAAGUAUUUACCUGUGACAUUUGUCACUUUAUUUGUCAAAAUAAACAAUUACUAGAAAAGCAUGAUAAAUGUCACACCGGUGAUUUAUAUUGCUAUCUCUGUAAUAUAUGUUUUAGUACAAAACAUAGUUUAAGUAAACACAACAAAAUACAUACAGGCGAAAAGUCUUAUAUAUGUAACAUCUGUAAUAAGGCAUUUACACAAAAAAGUGAUUUAACUAAGCACAUAAGAAUACAUACAGGCGAAAAGCCAUACAUAUGUAACAUCUGUAAUAAGGCAUUCACACGCAAAAGUUCUUUAUCUUCUCACAUAAGAAUACAUACAGGUGAAAAGCCUUACAUAUGUAACAUCUGUAAUAAGGCAUUCACACGCAAAAGUUCUUUAUCUUCUCACAUAAGAAUACAUACAGGUGAAAAGCCUUACAUAUGUAACAUCUGUAAUAAGGCAUUCACACGCAAAAGUUCUUUAUCUUCUCACAUAAGAAUACAUACAGGUGAAAAGCCUUACAUAUGUAACAUCUGUAAUAAGGCAUUUACACAAAAAAGUGAUUUAUCUUCUCACAUAAGAAUACAUACAGGUGAAAAGCCUUACAUAUUAUGUUACAUCUGUAAUAAGCCAUUUACGGAUAAAGGUAAUUUAACUAAGCACAUAAGAAUACAUACAGGCGAAAAGCCUUAUAUGUAAUAUCAGUAACAAGGCAUUUACGAAUAAAAGUGAUUUAACUCGACAUAUAAGAACAUAUAAACGCCGAUAGUAAUAAAACUGAGA